AACAAUAAAAUAAAUACAAAAAAAUAUAAUGCUGCUGCUCUGCUGCUAAUUGGAGGUUCUCCUGUCAGCUCUUUCCAGUAGGAUCUUAUAUAUCCCCCAAAAAAUUUAUAAAAAGAAAAAGAGGUAUAUGAUGGGUGAAUCUAUGGUUGAAACACAACACCCUAGUAUUAUUAUGGAUAACAACAACAACAACAAGAUAGAGAUAGGAGAAUCCCCCUCUUCUUCGGUGUCUUUUGGUAAGUAUGAGAAUGAAGGUAUUUGUUGGGAGAGAUGGUCUGCUUUUGCCUCCCCCAAUAAUAACAACAAUAAUAGUAACAAGUACUUGGAUGAAGUUGGCAAGUGCUCCACCCCCGGAUCUGUUGCUCAAAAGAAGGCCUUUUUCGAGGCUCAUUACAAGAAAAUCGCUGAGAUGAAGAAGCAGCAACAGCAAGCAGAAGAACAAGAAGCCAACGAUCGGUCACUACUACUGGCCGAUCAACAUCAAAGCCCCCAUCCCCCUCCUCCUUCUACCUCAGAUCAUCCCAAUUGUCAACAACUAAAACACGAGAUUUCAACUGAGGAUGAAUCUGUAAAACUUCAACACGAAACAAGAAGUAGUAACGAUAUGUCUCAUUCUUCACAAGAAGCAGCUACUGCUUCAGUUGAUCACCAAACCUUUCAAGGUGAAUCUUGUACUGCGCCGAAACCCCAACAUUUGUCACCGCUUACAUUAAACAACAAUGCCCCUAUUUACCCAAAAGAACAAGAAGAAGGAGAAGAGGCUGUUUUGGUGAAUAACCAAAACUUGAAAGAUGAAUCUUGUGAUACGUCGGAACCUCACGGUUUGUUAUCAUCUCAAUCUGCAAUACCCACAAACAGAAAUGGUGAUAAGUUAGAAGAUGCUUUGUUGGUCAAUAAUCAGAGUAUGAAACUAGUAAAACAGCACUUCCAAGUGGAACCUGAUGCAGAAUUUCCUAGACAAAGUAACCAACAAGUUCCAAAACCCAAACCUCAAAAUGUGGCACGAAAGGUAAAACCAACCAAAGUGGAAAGCAACUUGGUAGGUAGGACGACAAAACCAGCAUCGAUGAUGUCUAAAUCUCCAGAAACAUUGUCCACUAAAUUAUCAAAACCAAAAGCUGCUACAACACCCAUAACUACAUCUAGGUCUUCAUUGAACAAGGAAAUUGCAUCAUUAUCGUCAAAGAGCAAGAAUCAUUCGGUAUUGGAAAGCCGGCGGAUUGCUUCAACAUCACUCCAUUUAUCCAUGAGCAUGAGUUCUGUACAUUCUGAUACUGCUUCUUCUGUUACUUCGUCAAGAAGAAGAUCUAUGUUCCUGGAGCAAAUGGGAGACAAGGACAUUGUCAAACGAGCGUUUAAGACAUUUCAGAACAGAUAUAACCAAUUGCCAUCAUCUGAUGGAAGAUCUACUGAAGCUAAACAGAUACCAACAAAGGGAUCGGGGCAAAAGGCUUUGACUUCCACGGUAUCUCAAAAAGAAAAUGAGCGAUCAAGGAAGGCGGCAGAGAAAACCUAUCAUGCAAGAGGUCAAAUAGGACCAACAUGGAAAUCUGUAUCAUCUGGGUCAUUUAAAGGUGUUGGUGUGGAUGAAAGACGACUAAAGACGACACCAACUUCAGUAGUUUUGAGAAGUAAUGAAAGAGCCGAAAGGCGAAAAGAGUUCUUCAAGAAUUUGGAGGAAAAGUCGAAUGCUAGAGACGCGGAAAGAACUCAACUUAGUUCAAAGUCAAAGGAAGCAAAAGAUGCUGAGAUAAAAAAGCUGAGGCAGAACCUAACUUUCAAAGCAAAACCAAUGCCGAGUUUUUAUCGGGCACAAGGGUUAUCAAAAAGCACUUCAGAGAAGGGGACAAUAAAGAAUGAAACCACAAGGAGACCUGAUUCACAUAGAUGAACAAAUCAGGGGACAUAUCUAGAUGAAAAUGGUGAACCGCAAUUACUUGGCCUCGUAAACAUCACAAAGUGCAUUCAAAGGAUCAUAGCGUUCAACUGCCAAUGCAUUGGUAGGCAUGUUGUCAUGUACUGUACAUUUCUCAAUGCGUACAUGAAUUUGUUGUGCUAGUUAUGUGUUAUGCAUGGAUUUGUCUUAAGCAAAGGGGCUCUUGUUUGUAGUAUGUGCUUUGGGAAGAAAAUUGGACAAAUCGACCAGAUAGAUUGUUGCCAAGGAAAUAUUACAUGGUUGAAGAACUCGACUAGAACUCACUAAUUAGAUCAAUUUACAUUUCUUUUGAAGAACUUGUGAAAUUGAGAUUAACUUAUCAUGAGGAUGUUGGUAGUUCAAGAAAAAGAGGAUCCAUCAAGUAUAGUGUGGAUGUUGUGGGUAGCGGCGAUUUUAUGUACAAUGUUAGCUCAAGCUGUUUAAGAAGACAUACUAGAUUGAGAUUUUAUUCAUAAUUUUGUUUUUAGUGUA